AUGAUAGCACGACAUAAGGAACUAUGGGAGAAGAUCAAACAACUGGCCUCUCUAUAUGAAUUAGCAACGGGUAAACUGGAAGAUGAUCUCGCCCAGGUACAAGAUGACUUAUUAGAAAUAAACUUGGGCACGGUCGAAUCGCCCAGACCUAUAUACAUCAAUGCAGGGUUAACUGCAGAAUUUAAGGAACAGCUGAUCGCUCUGCUCAACGAAUUCCGUGAUUGUUUCGCUUGGUCGUACGACGAAAUGUCGGGUCUCGAUCCAAACAUCGCACAACACAAGCUCCCUAUAAAAAGCGGUUUUACGCCAUUCCGACAACCCCCCAGACGAAUAUCUAGAGAGGUAGAUACCCUCAUUCAAGAUGAAAUCAAACGGUUGGACGAUGUCAAGUUUAUUCGAGAGGCUCAGUACACCGAAUGGUUGUCUAAUAUCGUACCCGUGAUGAAAAGGAAUGGCAAGCUAAGGGUAUGUGUCGAUUUUCGAAACCUCAACCUAGCCACGCCUAAGGACGAAUACCCAAUGUCGGUGGCCGAUAUGCUAAUAGAUAGAGUAGCAGGGCACACAGUGCUCAGUUUCCUCGAUGCACAUUCUGGGUACAACCAAGUACCGAUCAGCAAGGACGACGUGUCUAAAACAGCUUUUAGAUGCCCUAGGCCAAUCGGAGCUUAUGAGUGGGUCGUUAUGCCUUUCGGCUUGAAGAAUGCGGGUGCGACCUACCAAAGGGCGAUGAGUAAGAUGUUCAGAGGGCUGGAUUGCCUUGAAGUGUAUAUCGACGACGUGGUAGUAAAGUCGAACACUGAGGAAGUUCAUUUGGCCGAUCUAAGGAUAGGGUUCGAACGCAUACGGGCUAAUGGAUUAAAAAUGAACCCUUUUAAAUGUGCAUUCGGAGUAUCGGACGGGAACUUCUUGGGUUUCUUGGUUCACCAGCGGGGAGUAGAGACAUAUAAAAACAAAGCCAAGGCGAUCAUCAAUGCUGAACCACCCAAAACUAAGAAGCAACUUCAGAGACUCAACGGUCAAAUAAAUUUCCUGAGGCGAUUUAUAGCGAACACAGCAGGCCGACUUCGUAGCUGGAGUGUUCUGCUACGAGGAAAAGAGACCGAUCAGUGGGUAUGGACGAACGAGCAGCAGAAGGUGUUCGACGACUUAAAAGGGUACUUAGCCAAACCUCCAGUCAUGACCCCUCCAAAGCCGAACAAGCCUAUGUUGCUUUACUUAUCGGCUGCACAUGAAUCCAUGGGAUGCAUGCUCGCCCAAGAGGACAACGGGGUUGAGAGAGCGGUCUACUAUCUAAGUCAUGGGCUGACCGAUACGGAGAUUUGCUAUACCGACAUAGAAAAGAUGUUCUUAUGUUUGUACUUCACACGCUGCAAGCUACGGUAUUAUAUGUUACCGGCAGUAGUAUGCGUACUAUCCCAGACCGAUAUCAUUAAGUAUAUUCUGUCGAAACCAUACUUAAGAAAUCGGAUUGGGAAGUGGGCGAUCGCUAUGUCUGAGUUUACGUUGGUAUACGUCCCUCAGAGAGCAGUAAAAGGACAAGCCUUGGCCGACUUCUUAGCCGAUCAUCCAAGAAUUACCCUUAAGGAGGAAACCAUUAGUUGCUGCGACAUAGACAUAUGGGAGAUGUGGUUGGAUGGGUCCAGAACUAGCCAGGGGGCAGGCGCCGGAGUACACAUUGUCUCGCCCUUGGGGGCAUCUUACCGAUUAUCGUUCAAACUCUGGUUUGAAUGUACCAACAACCAAGCAGAAUACGAGGCUCUGAUAUUCGGUCUCGAAAUUUUGGCCGAGCUGGGGGAAAAAGAAAUCGACGUUAGAGGCGAUUCUUUGUUGGUCAUCAAACAAGUGAUUGGGGAAUUCAAGUGCGAGUCCGAACUAUUAGUAAGGUAUUGCAACAAGGCAAAGCACCUGAUCGAAGGGUUUCAAGAUACAAAGAUAGAAUACACCGAGAGGGCUCAACACGAGAAUGGGUACAAGAUGAAUCUCCAGUUCGACGCAAUCAAAAGAGAAACGCCGAAUCUCCAUACUGGGGGCAUCACCAUCGACGAAAGGAAUUUUUCGGUCUACCAAUUGGAUAUCACCCAAGAUUGGCGGACCGAAAUCUUAAGAUGGUUUGAAAAACCAGAUCAGGCAAAUAGGAGAAUAAGGACCUUUGCCCUAAACUACGUUGUCCUGGCGGGCGAAUUAUACAAAAAUGGUUUUGAAGGGCUACUCUUCAGAUGCAUCGGCCCAAAGGAGGCAAUGUUAUCAAUGGCCGAAGUACAUGAAGGGAUAGCGGGCGUUCAUCAGCGGAAAAUAGAACAAGACUGCAUAAGAUAUGCUAAAGGGUGCGAAGCCUGUCAGAAAUGUGGCCCGAUACAGCACGUCCCGGACGAAGAACUCCAUUCCAUCAUCAAGCCGUGGCCAUUUAGAGGAUGGGCGGUCGACCUCAUAGGGAAAAUAUAUCCUGGCUCAUCAGAUGGUCAUACGUUCGUCAUCAUCGCUAAUUGCUAUUUCACCAAGUGGGUCGAAGCAAAGCCCCUAAAAUUGCCCACGCAAGAGGCCGUGAUCAAGUUUUUGAAAGAGUACAUCGUUCACCGACAUGGCUUACCCGAAUCAAUAACCAUUGAUCAAGGGACGAUUUUCACAGGAAGUGAUAUAGUUUGGUGGGCUUCGCAGAUGAAGAUCAAAAUGCUGCACUCAACACUAUACUAUGCACAAGCCAACGGACAGGCCGAGGCGACGAACAAGGCUAUUAAGCUUAUCGUUCAGAAGAUAAUUGAAGAAAACCCAAGACAAUGGCAUGUGUUUUGUCCGAAGCAGUUUGGGCGAAUAGAACUAGCCAGAAGUCGGCCACAGGGACCUCACCUUUCCGGAUGGUAUAUGGGUAUGAUGCAAUGUUGCCAAUGGAGCUUACUGUAA